CCGAGGGGAGGAGUGUCGGAGCGCAGCCGAGCGGCGGGCCCGGCGCUGCCUCCGGCCUCGGGUAGGUCGGCGGCGAGUAACGUGACACCCGCGGCUGGGGGCUUAUAAACCUUACGCGAGGCGCAGGCCGGAGGCGAGCCGGGAGCAAGGCUGAAGAGCGGCGACUGGUCACCUUGCCUCACGGGCUGAGGCAACGGCAGCCCCCAGAGGAUUCGGGUGAAGCCAAUGCCCAGGUUGGAGAACUGCACCUGGAGCUGCUCCUGCGCUGCCAGGGGAAGGCACAAAGCCCAGCUGGGGGACACGACUGCUGGGCUGGCCGCCAAGGUGGGCGACAUGCAGAGCUCCUCCGUCUCCAGCCCCGUGUUGGUGGGGCACACAGCACGGAGACCCAGCACUUCCAGCGCCAGCAGCACCGCGAGCAGCACCUUGAACUUGAGUCAGCACCUGGUGCAGAGGAGCCUGGUGCUCUUCCUUGUCGGUGUUUUCAUGGCCCUGGUGCUGAACUUGCUGCAGAUCCAGAGAAAUGUGACUCUGUUCCCUGACGAAGUUAUUUCCACUCUCUUCUCCUCCGCCUGGUGGGUGCCCCCGUGCUGUGGGACGGCAGCAGCUGUCGUUGGCCUGCUGUAUCCCUGCAUUGACAGCCACCUGGGGGAACCCCACAAAUUCAAGAGAGAGUGGGCCAGCGUGAUGCGGUGUAUAGCAGUUUUCGUUGGCAUUAACCAUGCAAGUGCUAAACUAGAUUUUGCCAACAAUGUCCAGCUGUCCCUGACCCUAGCAGCCCUGUCACUGGGUCUUUGGUGGACAUUUGAUCGUUCAAGAAGUGGUCUCGGACUCGGAAUUACAAUAGCCUUUGUAGCAACUCUGAUAACGCAGUUUCUUGUAUAUAAUGGUGUUUAUCAGUAUACAUCUCCAGAUUUUCUUUACAUCCGUUCUUGGCUUCCAUGUAUAUUCUUCUCAGGAGGUGUGACUGUAGGAAACAUAGGACGCCAACUGGCUAUGGGUAUUCCAGAGAAACCACACAAUGACUAAAUCUUUGAAGAGGAGAGGACGGUGCCAGUGCAAAAGCGACAUUGCGAAGAUGUGUUCUUGUUUUAAAUGGAAGAUUAUUUAGGAAAAAUAAUCUCUUUAUGGGCUCACUGCACAAAUGACUUGUGGAAAAAAAAAUAUUAAUCCACUCUUAGAAUAGCCAAGUGAAAUUAACUGCUUAUCUUGAAAUCUUACCCCGAUUUACUGCAUAAGCAUUUGCAUAUGGCUGUUUUCUGGAAGAGUUUAACACCAAGUUGCAUACAACUGUUCAGGCUAAGUGGCAGUUUUCCAAGUAUUAGAUUCCAGUGUAAGUUAUUGAAACAGCUGCCAUAUUUUAAAGCCUUGAAACUGAAAUUUAAUUACAAGCUCUUGUACCAGUGCCCAAAGGAAGUAGAUCGAUGGUGCUUAACAAUGAUGAAGUAUGGUUUCAUAGGAAUAGUAUUUAUCCAAAUCUUUAAAAAAUAGGGUUAUUUAAAAAUAAGAGUGAUCAUAACAGAUUAAAGGCAUUGCACUAAUGCUUUUAGGAGUCUUAUGAAGGAAUCGUGCCCUUUACUUGUAAUGCUGCAUUAAGUUUCUGUGUUUGACCGUGGAGAGGGAAAAAAGGUUGGAAGUCACUUUGUCUGGAAGUUCCAAAUUAGUUCAGUAUCACUGAUGAACAUAAGACAAUCUUGUUCAAACGUGAACUUCAUCAAGAAAUUCUGACUGGAAGUUCCAUUACUUCUGAAACUUGCAGUCAAAUUUGCAAGACUUGAGUUCCAGCCUCAAUUCAGAAUGAAAUGUAGGUGUGUCUGAGUAGUCCUCGUUAAUGUUAGACAUAUGUUUCAGUUUCUGACUGAAGGAGGGCUUGAGUAUCUUAAAUCUUUGGUGUCACUGAAAAAAGUACAUUGCAGACUACUUAUUGGCCACCAAGUAUAUGCCCUCCUUAGAUGAGCAGUUUUCUCCUAGAGGUAUCCUCAGUCUUGCUUCUGUUUGAGUCAGGGUUUUGGCUGAAAUGAUUGGAAACAGAAGCAGUCUUUAAAAUGUGAUUUAAACCCUAUGUGAAGAAUAGCAAACCGCUUGUUUUCUCAGUUCAGUUUCUGACAGAGAUCACUACUUGUUUUUUUCACAACCCUAUAGAACUUGCAAUCUGUGAUUGCCUUCUUAAAGAAAAAAAAAGUGCUUAUGUCACUACAUUAAACAUUUGGUGUUUCUUAAUACUUAGUUCUGGUGAGCACAACAUACUCAUUUGAUAGCUUAGACCACAGGAGACCUAAAUAGCAAGUAUUAGGUCUUAAAAGUUGAAGUGCAAUGUACAGUAAAUCUGAGCCUCACAUUCUCUUCAAUAUCGAUAAUUUCUUACAAGAGGUUGAAGAGAAAAGGGUUCUGAGUUCAUUUCAAUGCUGCAUGGAGUCAAAUGGAGCAAUAAUUUAUUUAACUAGUCAGGCUAGUUUUGUUGUAUCUUUCAUUGAACCCAAAUUUUUAGAAAUACUCCAAUUUUGUGGUUAUGGUGUACUUGUAAACUUUUAUGCAUUUGCCUUUUUGUAUUAUGCAACCUUUUUUUGUGUUCAUUUCCAAGCUUUCAUGGCUUCAGAUGUAGGUAGAGGCAUCAGUUAAAGACUGACCCAUCAAAAAACACAGAUGUCAAGGCCAGGUAGCAGUGUUUGGCUGUUUUCACUCUUCUAAGGGAAUGCUGUAACUGCUGCUUGUGCUUUUUAUUUUUUGUAGCAGGAAAAGUUUAGCACAAAGUCUAUAUUACAGAGCGGACCCCAAUCCUAAUCUUGCUUUGGUGUAAAUUCAGCAAUUCCAUUGGUAUAAGAAGGUCCUUCCUCAAAUGUUUAAAAGUUAAAUAAUCACAUUUUGUAGAGCUACUUGAAGCGAUUAGGUCCUCAGAUCAGGACUGGAUCACCUUAGCCAUUCAGAGAAGGAUGCUGCCUGCUGAGGAGACAGUUUUUUUAACCAUCUUGAAAGCAAUUUCAAAAUGUUCUAAAACCAGGUCUAAGUGAAGAUGGCAGAGAUCUGUAUGGAUAUUUGAUUGGUGGAGAGCUAGUUAAGAUUUAUUUGUAAGGACUUAAAAUCUGUAUGUGUUAUAAAUGAUGCAGCCAAAAAUGUAUGUCAAAAGUUCCAUUUUUUGCCAAUGCUUCUGAGUAUCUUAACCAAAGUGAUUGAAGUUUGGAAGAGGUGGGGAGGGGAAUGAAGAAAAUUUGCACUAUUCUGAAUUUGAACACUUCUCAUUCUUACUGAUAAGUUUUCAGCGGUGUGUUUUGGUUUUACACUUUUUUUACUAUUAAAGUUUUAAGAUCACA